GCCCCUCCUCCUCUUCCUCCUCGUCCUCUAGGGUUUACGCCGCCGCGCGUUUGCUUGCCUCCCUCUCAACUUCGAGCUCGGGUUCCGGGCGAUACAGAUCUAAUGGCGAUCCAGCAGGAUGUUAAGCUCUUCAACCGGUGGUCCUUCGAUGAUGUCGAGGUCAGCGACAUCUCCCUUGCAGAUUACAUUGCCGUCACGCCACCAAAGCAUGCGACAUAUCUUCCACAUACGGCAGGAAGAUACUCUGCCAAGAGGUUCCGUAAGGCUCAGUGUCCAAUUAUUGAAAGGUUGACCAAUUCCUUGAUGAUGCAUGGUCGUAACAAUGGAAAGAAGCUUAUGGCUGUUCGAAUUGUUAAACAUACCAUGGAGAUAAUUCAUCUGCUAACCGAUGCAAACCCAAUCCAAGUUAUUGUGGAUGCUAUCAUUAAUAGUGGUCCAAGAGAAGAUGCAACUCGAAUUGGGUCUGCUGGUGUUGUUCGACGUCAGGCAGUUGAUAUCUCACCAUUGAGGCGGGUGAACCAGGCAAUUUACCUUCUCACAACUGGUGCUCGUGAAAGCGCUUUCAGGAAUAUUAAGACCAUUGCUGAGUGCCUUGCUGAUGAAUUAAUUAAUGCAGCUAAGGGUUCUUCCAACAGCUAUGCUAUCAAGAAGAAGGAUGAGAUCGAACGUGUUGCCAAGGCAAACCGUUGAGCAUUAUGGUCAUAUGCUAUGCAUUAUGGUCUUUUUGUCGCCCGCUCCAUAGGCUUUAUAUUGUUAUCAAAGUCAGCCUGAAGAUGAUGCCCCUUGAGAAUUGUUAUUCAUGUCUAAAUGAGUAUUCCUUAGAGACACUUAUUUUAGCUAAACAAAAGAGAGGUCCAGUUUGCUGGAUUCAGUAACAAUUUCAGUUUACUGUGUGGAGCUAAAACAUUUCUUUGCUGCUGACGAGCUUUGAAGUGAUGGAACCCAUUUAUCUUGUCA